GACAGGGACCGCAGGAGCCACCCUUGGUUCCUUUCCACCGAGCAGCUGGAGCUCCUCACUAAGCUAAUCAAUUCCCAUCAUUUGAGAAAGGAAAACAAAUUUACCAUUUGCUGCCCAUCGUGCCUGCUGUGGAGGGGCCUGCGGAGGGGGCUGCUGGCUGGGGCAUGGGUGUCAGGCGCCACCCACCAGCCAGGCCUCAGUGGGGGGGAGGGGCUCUUGGAUGGCGCCUGCCCACCUUGGCCCGCAGACCAGCAGAGGGGAAUGCCUGGGUGGCUGGGGCUCCUUGGAGACCCUGGGGGUGUCACAGCUGGAAGGACCUGGGCCUCAGCCACCCCACUUCAAGAUAGGGGAGACAGGGUGGGACAUACUCAGGGCCACAAAGAAAGCUGGUGGCUAAGCCAGGCCUGGAGACAGGUCGGUUGACCACCAGGCUGGUGUGAUUUACCAUGUGGUGGCUUUUCAUUUCCCAGGUGGACUGGGAAGGAAGUCCUGUCCUUUCUGUCCAGGGGGGAGUUUUAUCGACUACCUAACCCAAGUGCUUCCUUUUCCUUCCUUAAUUCAACGAAUAUCUGCUGAAUUCGGACUUUUUCCCCUCCCCACCCUCCAGGGUAUUUUAAGCCAUGGGAACCCAGCAGGGAAGAUGACCGCCAAGUCCCUGCUCCCUUGGAGCCCGUGUCUACUAGGCUGUGGGGCUCCCACUGGGAGGUGGAGUGACUGGGCCUCAUUUUCUGGUCACUUAAAUCCAGCAAAUGCUGUCUGCAGGGCAUGGAGUCACAUAAAUGGAACAGGGCCCUCUUGUAAUUGUUCCAGUUGCUGUCGCUAUGUAACCAAAACAUCCCCAGAUGUGUGAUGAAUAACAACCACUGGAUCACACUCGUGGAUGCUGUGGUCAGGACAGGGUGCAGAGAGUGUGGAUUAGCUCUAUGCCAUGGUGUCUGGGCCUCAGCUGGGAAGACUUGAAGGCUAGGGGUUACUCGAUGAGCGGGGGCUGGGAUUAUCUGGAGGCAACUUCACUCAAGCGUUCACAGCACACAGCACUGUUGCUGGCUGUCUCCUACAUGUGGUCUCUCUGCACGGAUAAUUUGGGCUUUCUCCAGCAUGGCAGCUGGGUUCCAAGGAGAGCAAGGAGUGCCCCAAGAGAGCCAGGUGGAAGCUGCAUCUCCCUUUAUUACCUGGCCUCACAGGUCAGAGAGCACUGUCUUACUGUGGCCCCAGCCCACCCAGACUCGAGAGGAAGGCAGGCAGACGUUCCUUCCCCGAUGGGAAGAGUGUCAAAGUCAUAUCACGAGAUAUGCCUGUGAGACGGCAGAUAUUGUCACAGGCAUCUUUGGCAAAUACAACCUGCUACAUGGGUUUGUUAGGAGUCCCAGACUUUGGGGGGAAGUAGAGUAUAAAAGAAUAGUAGCUGUCAUUUCCCAAGCACUCGUAUCUGCCACACUCUGUGAUCAGUCUGUUGUGUACAUCACCCUUCCAGCAACCUCUGUGGUGAGUGCUGUUAGCCCCACUCUGCAGGUGGGAACACUGAGGCUCAGAAAGCCCUAAGUCAUACAGUUGGCGUCUACACCCAAGUCCACCUGCUUCCAAAGCCAUAGCUCUUUACACUCUGCUACAUUGCCUCUCCCUCUCUGUCCCUCAGUAAUUUUUACCCCCAGGCAAGUGUGAUAAGGGUGAUGAGAAGCUUAGACAGGCAGCUGGGGGUUCAGAGCUGGGAAGGCUUCUUGGCAGAUGUGACGCUUCAGCAAGGCCUUGAAAGAUAAGUUAGAUUUGGACGCUGGAGGAAGGGGGUGGCUUUCCGGGUGGAACAGCAAUGAGAUGGAGGGGCCUUCAAGUCACCCAGGGAGUGUUGCUGUGACUCAGAAUACUGGCCUUUGACCUCCCCCCAAUACACCUGACACACUGUAAACCAUACUCCCACAAGGCAGGCUGGGUCAGGGGCGGGAUGGUUGGACUUAGUCCCCAGAAAAAGUGCACACAUGGCCCCUGCCCCACUCUACCCUAUUCCCAUCAGCUUCCUUCCUCUGAGGCCAGGGACGGGGCAGAGGCUCCCGCGCACCUCCACGUCCACGUGCAGACUUGGUUUUCCCUUUGGAGAUGGGAUGAGUCUGAGCCGCCUCCGGUGUGAAUGCAAAUUGGGGCUCAGAACAGUUAUGAUCCUCUCUCCUCCUGGCAGGCUGGUGGGCUCACAUUCGGGCAUCGCAAACGGGAAGUUUUACCUCUUCAACAGGAAUCUGGCAUAUUACAGGAGCUGUUCCCGCGCCUUCCAGGAGUCUCUCUUACAAGUCUUCUCCUGUGCACCCCUCCUCUCCUGCCCACACUACAGGGCCCCCUCCUCAGUCACUCUUUCUGCUUCUCUCCUCUUUGUUUCCAUGUCUGCAUCUGUCUCUCCCCCACCAUUCCGUUCUCCCUGGUCUCUCUCCUCUUUCCCUGUCUCGGUCUCAGAUCUCUCCCGUGUCUGUCUCUGUUUCCCUCCUUCCCCUUGCCUCUCUUCCUCACUUUCUCCGGACUGACGGCAGCCCCUCUCUUCCCGGACAGACCAUCUAAUUGAAACGGGGCAGUCCAGAGAAUGUUAAUAGGAAAGGCAGCAUUAAUUAGCCAGCUUCAGCAUAAUUAGCUUCCUCCUCUCAUUGCCUGGCAUCUAACUGAAUAAUGAGUCUCUCUCCGUCCAGAGGGCAGGCAGGACAAGAGAGACAGGCCAUGCCUGGGAUGCCGGAAGGCCUCCUGCCUUCGGGCCACCCCACUGGAGUCCUGGGGCUGCCAAGCUCUGCCCUCUCCUGCCAGGCCCUCCUGCUGCUGUGCUCAAGUCUCAGGGAGGCAGAUGCCUGGCCCCUGCCUGUGCCCAAAGGUUUGAUGUUGCUGGAGCUGCAUAUUAAGUGGUCUGAGCCUGACAAACAGUGGCUGCAGCUGCAGCAGCCCAGAGAGGGGGUGGGGAGCUAUUGAGGUUCUCCAGAAGAGCUAUGACAGGCAUCUAGUCCUGGCACAGCACCAUGGGCAAUGGCUGAGCAUGUUACAGUCCCCAGAGGGGAGCAAAGAAACCUGCUUAUGUGACAGAUAAUAACCAAUGUACUACACAGACUGUUGAGUACUUGCACCUCUGACCCCACAGUCGUGUGAGGCACAAAUGGCCACUUCCAUUUUAUAGAUGAGGACUCCGAAGUUCAGAGAGGCUCACUGCCUUGCCAAUGUUCACACUGCCAGGACCCAAACCAGGGUCUGUCUGAUGCUAAAGAUCAUGUUCUUUCCCUUGUACUCUUAUACUUCCUGAAGAUACUUUACAGCUGGUUCAUUAAGUAAGAGUGGUUGCAGUGGGUCACAUCUUACAUUGGCCUUGAGUUCUAAAAUAAAAGAAUGCAGCAAUAAUUAGGAAAUAUGUGUAGUCAAAAUUCUCCUUGAAUAUCCCUUACACCAGUAGAAACAUCUUUUCUGUUUGCAAUUGUUCUGUGAUUCUCCUUUUUCUGUGGCCUUGAGAGCCAAGAUCUAGUUGGGAGAGGUGACGGGCAAAUAACAGGCUUUUCCUUUCCGUUCUGUGCACAUGUGGGUGAAUUCCGUUGGGUUAAGUGCCUGCGUGAUGCAAUUCCACUACAGCAUUAGCAGGUGGUUGUGAGUGGACAGGAUUUGUGCCCAGUGCUGGGCGAAUUGCUCCACAGGGCACCAUCCUCUCCUCCCCUGCAGGCUAUGGACACGGAGGAUGACCCCUUGCUGCAGGAUGUGUGGCUAGAGGAAGAGCAGGAAGAGGAGGAAGGAGCCGGUGAGGCCUUUACGGGGGCCCAGAAGCCAGGACCUGGACCCGGGGCCGCGGGACAGUGCUGCUGGCGGCCCUGGACCUCGCCUUCCCGGCCCCCAAGCUCGGGCUUCUGGAGUACGCUGGGCUGGGCCUUCACCAAUCCGUGCUGUGCGGGGCUGGUGCUCUUCCUGGGCUGCAGCAUCCCCGUGGCCCUGUCGGCCUUCAUGUUCCUCUACUACCCGCCCCUGGACAUCGACAUCUCCUACAACGCCUUUGAGAUCCGCAACCACGAGGCCUCGCAGCGUUUUGACGCCCUCGCCCUGGCGCUCAAGUCCCAGUUUGGAUCCUGGGGACGCAACCGGCGCGACUUGGCCGACUUCACCUCCGAAACGCUCCAGCGCCUCAUCUCAGAGCAGCUGCAGCAGCUGCACCUGAGCAACCGCUCGCGGCAGGCCUCCAGGGCCCCGCGCGCCGUCCCCGCGGCCCCACCCGGCGGCCCAGGCCUGUCCAGGGCCACCUCCGCGGCCCAAAACCCAGCAGCCAAUCGGAGCGGGCGCCUUCGUCGUGACACCUCGGCCCGGGUGGAUCUGGCAGCCAACCAGAGUGAAGACCCGCGGACCCCAGGGCUGAACGGGAAUGGACAACGCCAUCCCAGCGUCCCGCCCCCCGGGCCCGCAGCGGCCAAUCAGAGCCGUUCCCGCCGGGGCGCCUCACGCUGGGACUACUCACGUGCGUACGUGAGCGCCAACACGCAGACGCACGCGCACUGGCGCAUCGAGCUCAUCUUCCUGGCGCGCGGCGACGCGGAGCGCAACAUCUUCACCAGUGAGCGGCUGGUCACGAUCCACGAGAUUGAGCGCAAGGUCAUGGACCACCCGGGCUUCCGCGAGUUCUGCUGGAAGCCCCACGAGGUGCUCAAGGACCUGCCGCUCGGCUCCUACUCCUACUGCUCCCCGCCCAGCUCGCUCAUGACCUACUUCUUCCCCACGGAGCGGGGCGGCAAGAUCUACUACGACGGCAUGGGCCAGGACCUCGCCGACAUCCGCGGCUCCCUAGAGCUGGCCAUGACUCACCCCGAGUUCUACUGGUACGUCGACGAGGGCCUCUCCGCAGACAAUCUGAAGAGCUCCCUCCUGCGCAGCGAGAUCCUGUUCGGAGCUCCCCUGCCCAACUACUACUCAGUGGAUGACCGCUGGGAGGAGCAACGGGCCAAGUUUCAGAGCUUUGUGGUCACCUAUGUGGCCAUGUUGGCCAAGCAGUCUACUAGCAAGGUCCAGGUUCUCUACGGCGGCACAGACCUGUUCGACUACGAGGUGCGCAGGACCUUCAACAACGACAUGCUCCUGGCCUUCGUCAGCAGCAGCUGCAUCGCCGCCCUGGUCUACGUCCUCACCUCCUGCUCAGUGUUCCUGUCCUUCUUUGGGAUCGCCAGCAUUGGCCUCAGCUGCCUGGUGGCGCUCUUCCUGUACCACGUGGUCUUCGGGGUCCAGUACUUGGGCAUCCUCAACGGGGUGGCCGCCUUCGUGGUGGUGGGCAUUGGCGUGGACGACGUCUUCGUGUUCAUCAACACCUACCGCCAGGCCACCCACCUGGAAGACCCGCAGCUGCGCAUGGUCCACACCAUCCAAACAGCCGGCAAGGCCACCUUCUUCACCUCCCUGACCACGGCCGCUGCCUAUGCAGCCAAUGUCUUCUCCCAGAUCCCAGCCGUGCACGACUUUGGCCUGUUCAUGUCCCUCAUCGUGUCCUGCUGCUGGCUGGCCGUGCUGUUCACCAUGCCCGCGGCCCUGGGCCUCUGGAGCCUGUACCUGGCACCGCUGGAGAGCUCCUGCCAGGCCAGCUGCCACCAGAAGUGUGGCCGCAAGAGCUCCCUGCACUUCCCCGGGGACGUGUUUGCUGCUUCAGAGCGGGUUGGGGGCAGCCCUGCCCAGGGCCCCAUCCCCUACCUGGACGAUGACAUCCCUUUGCUGGAUGUCGAGGAGGAGCCAGUGUCACUGGAGCUGGGAGACGUGUCCCUGGUGUCUGUGUCCCCUGAGGGCCUGCAGCCAAUCCCCGACAGGGGCAGCCGAGGCCAGCUCAUCACGCAGCUGCAGGAGCUGCUGCACCACUGGGCGCUGUGGUCGGCCGUCAAGAGCCGCUGGGUGAUCGUGGCACUGUUUGUCUCCACCCUCGUCCUGUCGCUGGUGUUCGCCAGCCGGCUCCGCCCCGCCAGCCGGGCCCCACUGCUCUUCCGGCCCGAUACCAACAUCCAGGUGCUGCUGGACCUCAAGUACAACCUGAGCGCUGAGGGCAUCUCCUGCAUCACCUGUUCAGGUCUGUUCCAGGAGAAGCCCCACAGUCUGCAGAACAACAUCCGGACGUCCCUGGAGAAGAAGAAGAGAGGUUCAGGGGCGCCCUGGGCCAGCCGUCCUGAGGCCACCCUGCAGGACUCCCUGGGCACUGUGUUCGUCUCCAGAGUGAAGAGUAAAGGCCACCCAGCUGUCUACAGGCUCUCCCUCAAUGCCAGCCUGCCUGCCCCUUGGCAGGCCAUGUCCCCCGGAGAUGGAGAGGUGCCCUCUUUCCAGGUGUAUAGAGCGCCUUUUGGUAACUUCACCAGGAAGCUGACCGCUUGUAUGUCUACAGUAGGGCUGCUCCAGGCGGCGAGCCCCUCCCGCAAGUGGAUGGUGACGACCUUGGCCUGUGACGCCAAGCGGGGCUGGAAGUUUGACUUCAGCUUCUACGUGGCGUCCAAGGAGCAGCAGCACACCCGGAAGCUGUACUUUGCUCAGUCCCACAAGCCCCCCUUCCACGGGCGCGUGUGCACGGCGCCUCCCGGCUGCCUGCUCAGCUCCAGCCCCGACGGGCCAACCAAAGGCUUCUUCUUCGUGCCCAGUGAGAAAGCGCCCAAGGCCCGCCUCUCGGCCACCUUUGGCUUCAACCCCUGUGUGAACACGGGCUGCGGGAAGCCGGCUGUGCGGCCCCUGGUGGACACCGGGGCCAUGGUCUUCGUGGUCUUCGGCAUCGUCGGCAUCAACCGCACUCUGCAGGUGGACAACCACGUCAUCGGCGACCCGGGCAGCGUCGUCUACGACAGCAGCUUCGACCUCUUCAAGGAAAUUGGGCACCUGUGCCGCCUCUGCAAGGCCAUCGCAGGCAACUCGGAGCUAGUGAAGCCGGGCGGGGCGCAGUGCCUGCCCUCAGGCUACAGCAUCUCCUCCUUCCUGCAGAUGCUGCACCCCGAGUGCAAGGAGCUGCCCGAGCCCAACCUGCUCCCAGGGCAGCUGUCCCACGGGGCGGUGGGCGUGAAGGAGGGCCGCGUGCAGUGGAUCUCCAUGGCCUUUGAGUCGACCACGUACAAGGGCAAGUCCUCCUUCCAGACCUACUCGGACUACCUGCGCUGGGAGCGCUUCCUCCAGCAGCAGCUGCGGACCUUCCCCGAGGGCUCGGCGCUGCGCAGAGGCUUCCAGACCUGCGAGCACUGGAAGCAGAUCUUCAUGGAGAUCGUAGGGGUGCAGAGCGCCCUGCACGGGCUGGCGCUGUCCCUGCUCAUCUGCGUGGCCGCAGUGGCCGUGUUCACCACCCACAUCCUGCUCCUGCUGCCCGUGCUCCUGAGCAUCUUGGGCAUCGUCUGCCUCGUGGUGACCAUCAUGUACUGGAGCGGCUGGGAGAUGGGCGCUGUGGAAGCCAUCUCCCUGUCUAUCCUUGUCGGCUCCUCUGUGGAUUACUGCGUCCACCUGGUCGAAGGCUACCUGCUGGCCGGAGAGAACCUGCCUCCCCACCAGGCUGAGGACGCGCGGGCGCAGCGCCAGUGGCGCACGCUGGAGGCCGUGAGACACGUGGGCGUGGCCAUCGUGUCCAGCGCACUCACCACGGUCAUCGCCACGGUGCCGCUGUUCUUCUGCAUCAUCGCCCCGUUUGCCAAGUUCGGCAAGAUCGUGGCGCUCAACACGGGCGUGUCCAUCCUCUACACGCUGACCGUCAGCACCGCGCUGCUGGGCAUCAUGGGGCCUGGCUCCUUCACUCGGACCAGGACUUCCUUCCUCAAGGCCCUGGGCGCCGUGCUGCUGGCGGGGGCCCUGGGGCUGGGCGCCUGCCUCCUGCUUCUCCGGAGCGGCUACAAGAUCCCGCUGCCCACCGGGACUGCCCUAUAGCCGGGCCUGGCCCCUGACUCGAGUACCUUUGGCCCAGGGUGGGGGACAGGACACCCCCUCUUUACUGCAGGGGUGCUGUUCCCCAGCUCGGCUCCAGCUAGCCAUGUUCCCAGGCCUGGGCCCAAGGCACCCUGUGGCCCCUCAUGGGAGCUGCCACCCACUCCCACACUGUGGGGACCACACUGCAUUCCCUGCCGCGGAGCCAGAGCUGGGAGGUGGAGCCAUGGCCCUGUCUGUCCCCCUGAAGAGACCUCCCCUCCACCUGUGCCCGGUCACCGUGAAGGCCAGGUGGCUUUUGUAGGGGCUGUCCUUGUCACAUUGCCUCAGUGCUCACAACCUUCUGGUGUGGAUGUUAUAGGCGCCCAUUCUACAGAUGUGAAGAUGGAGGCACCAACAGGCAAAGUGCGCUGUAGCUGGGCUGUGGCAGAGCCAGCGCUGUCUCCUGAGCCUCAUGCGCUUGGGGCCUUGCAGGAAGAGCACGGUGGACUCUGGGCAGGGCCUCACCCCUGCCCCUCCUCUGCUCCCUUCAACUUGGGAGAGGCCAGUGCUGAGUGGCCCAGUGGCCCUCCCCAAGCCUUUCACUCCUGGCGGAGAGGACAGAGGGACCGGGCUUGGGCUUCUGCAUGUCCUACCCCCAGCACCAGCCUCAAGGGGUCCCUCUGAGGCCCUCCCUGGGGGCUGUGGGGCCCAGCACAGCUCUCCCCACAGAUCCAAGCCCCCAGCUCCCCACCCAACGCUGGGAGAGACUGUUUUGGGGGUGGACCCUGUGGGGAGCUGUUCGUGCCUGCAGCCUGCUCGUGGCAGAGGUUUCCUAUUAAAGAGAAAUGAAACCUCAGACCGCUGCUGUUAACAUGCGGGUUUUAA